UGUAAAAAGAAGAAACGGUCUUAAGAACCCGGCUAAUCGUGUUUGCUGCCUUGGAAAACAGUCAUGGUGAGAACAAAGCGUCUGUGAACACGGGUUUAUGGGCAUUGGUGUUUCCCCGCAACGUCUUAGUAGACUGAAUGCCACAAAACAGAACCACAGAGGCACGACUACUUAAUCAAGCCACUGUAAUGGGCAAUACCAUUUCUGCAGCCCAAAACACAGCCAGUGUCAUCACAAGUGUAGGAGGAGGAAAGGAAGCCAGCCAUGUCAUUUCAGAGCUUCCAUCAACCCAUGCCUCCAUGGACAUCUCAGAAAUCCCAUCAUCUUACUCCUCUAUGGAUAGCAUAGAGCUCCCACCAUCCCAUGCCACCGUGGACGCCUCAGCCCAGCCCCCAGCAGAGUGUCCAAUGCAUAGGCCUCAAGUGGCUCCACCUUCAGAGUGUCCUAUGCAUAAGCAAAAUGUUGAGGCCAUUGCUCCUCCUUCAGAAUGCCCUAUGCACAGAGGAGAGAAUCAACAGAGCUUUCCAUCUGAGUGUCCCAUGAGUGGAGGCAAAGGCAGUGGCCCAGCACACCAGGCAGGACUUCACUAUGGUAAAGAACAUGCUGGAAAGUAUGUGGACAUCAACCCAUUGAAUAUGGAGGCCUAUCCUAACCAGAAGCCUGCACCUGACCAACCCUUUGAGCUGCCCACAGAAAGACAGGUCUCAUCAAUCCCCAAAGCUGAUGGAAAUGGGGAGAAUUGGGUCUACCCAUCACCACAGAUGUUCUGGAAUGCAAUGCUCAGAAAAGGGUGGCGGUGGAAGGACGAUGACCUCAACAAACAGGACAUGGAUAACAUCAUUCGUAUCCACAACAUAAACAACGAGAUGGCAUGGCAGGAGGUGCUGCAAUGGGAGUCACUGCACAAACAUGAGUGUGGCAAUCCCAAGUUGAAGCGUUUUGGAGGAAAGGCCUCUGAUUAUUCACCUCGUGCCAGGAUGAGGAGUUGGAUGGGGUAUGAGCUGCCGUUUGACCGCCACGACUGGAUAGUGGACCGCUGUGGGAAGGAGGUGCGCUACAUCAUCGAUUACUAUGAUGGUGGUCCUGUUGACACAGAGAGCCAUCGCUUUGCCAUCCUGGAUGUGCGGCCAGCCAUGGACUCCUUUGAAAAUGUGUGGGACCGUAUGGUGGUGGCCUGGUGGAGGUGGACCCACAGAGGAGAGUAGGCUGCACAUCCUCUAACCCCUUACCUUCCUUUUCUAUAUAGUUUGCAUUCUGCUCAAGCUGUGUUAUAUUCUGCUGUUGCUGAUUAUGAGAAAAGAUUUUCCUGGUUUUGAAUACUCUUGAGCAACAGUUGUAGUUGAAAGUCACCACAAAAGUUGUCAAAUGUACAGAUAGGAUGGAUUGCAAUUCAUGCUUUCUUUUUUUUUCUUACUGUUAUGAAACUGUUUACAACUGGUGAUAACUGAAAAUGCUUGGGUGACAGAGAAGAGUAGGAUUCUUAAACCCAUCUUCUCUCUUGGUAAUAAGGGAGGUGGGUAUGAUUAGGCAAGGGAAGAAUAAGGGAAGAAUAAUUGCUCACUGAUAAAGAGCAACUAUGUAUAGUCCUUUAGUGGUGGCUAUGGCAGCAGCAGCACGAGUAACAGCACUUAUUUCAUCAGAUACAGUAUUCCUUUGAGAGCUUUAAAUUGUAUAGUUUUCCUACAAGUGUCAAGGCACUGUUUUGUAUUUUACACUUAUUUUUUUCCAGAUGAUGUUGCAGUUACUUUCACUGAUUGGUAGUUCAUGCUGCACACUGGAGCACAUAAUGGUGUUCUUGUGAAUGGAAGUCUUGCUGUCAUGUAGAACAAGGCUGACCAACCAACCAAUCUGGUUAGUGGAAAAUAAUUACUCCAGUGUUUGUGUAUGUGUAAAUAGGAUGUACAAAAAUUAUUGUAUUAAAGGUUGAUGCCACUGUUA